AUGGACGACAACUCUGACCUUGAGGCUACGAAAGCCCGUGCUAGCUUCGUGGAAGCGUUUGCGCCGAACACGGCGCCAGCCGCCGCAGCCGCAUCCUACAACAACCCAUUCGACCUUGUCAUUAUCGGAUCGGGCAUGGGCGGAGGUGUACUGGCAUCCGACCUCAUCGACAAGAACAUACAGCUCAUGACCGAUACGUCAUCUGUCACAGUGCGCAAAGUGGCCGUAGACGCCGCGGCUCUCUUUAGUGCAGUCCUACGGUUCAUCUGCGGGAACGACAAAGAGGAUCCAAGGGCAAUCUCUGGCAUACGAAAGCAAGCCGCUGAUCUAUGCGAGAAGAUCGUCCGGCUCUCCGCGCCUGAUGACGUCGUGAACGACUUGGUUUCCGAUGUGCGACGGCGUGCAGCCGAUCUUUUCGAGAACCUGGCGAGCGCCGCUGGUUCACCCGCAGAAGUGCAGGAUCUCGCGGUGCAAGGGCAAAAACUCAUCGCCGAUCUUGUCGAGAUCACCCCGGAUGCCUACAACGGAGACAUGGCCAGAGACCUUCUUUCCAAAGCUCGGGCCCUUUUCGAGAGCGUGGCGAAAGCGGCCAUCGACGUCGAGCCUGUCCCCGAUGCAACCAAAAAAGAAAUCUUAAGGCAGGCCGAAAAUGUUUUCACGAAAAUCGUACAAUACACAUGGCAGGGCGGUGGAAUUUUCAUGCUCGGAGGGCGGAGUACCGUAUGGGGUCUCUUUUCUCCCAGAAUUGCGCCAGAGACCUUGAAGAGCCAUUGGCCGGAGGCUGUUCGCGAUGACCUCGCUAGGCCUUCGGGCUCAUACUACCGAAGGGCGGAAGCAACGAUGCGACUCUCUUACCCGACUACCUUACCCCUGCAUCAACUUGUGAUCAAUAAGUUAAAUGUUUCCAUCGCCAGCUCCGCCGUCAAGGAUAAGGACGAUCAGUCGAAGUCGAAGUCCUGCAAGGACAAGGUCGAUCAGCCGAAGUCGGCAUCCUGCAAGGACAAGAUCGAUUCCUGGCCGCUGCCUGAAACGCAAUGGCAAUGGGGCAGAAUCUCCUCCCAAUUCCGCCACGAUCGGAAUUUUACCUUCGCCGAAGGCGCGUUCAGUACCGUGGACCGUCUUCUGACCGUCGCGAUGAUGAAUCAUCCAACGGAAGACGUUAGAGAGGACUUUGACGAUGUACCUCCAGGCGGAGCACACAUCCUGGUCAAUACUCAAGUGCACCGAUUCGAACCGGCACUGGGCUGCGAAGAAUCUGUCUCCUCGCGGCCUUGCGUUGUUGUCAGAACGGUCGAUGGUCGAGACACAUUGCCAAAGGAGUACAAGAUCUAUUAUCACCAUGCCGUCCUUUGUGCGGGCAGCGUCGAGAGCGCCGGCAUACUUCUGCGAAGCGUCAAUGGCGACCCGACUCGGUGCGGCGACGAAUUCGCCUAG